AUGGAAGACGAAUCAGGAGAGCCAAAGGCGCGCAAAGCCUGCAUCAAUUGUCGCCGGCAGAAAAUGAAGUGCAGGAUGGACGCUGCCGGCAGCACGUGUCGCCGCUGCGAGCGCGCCGGGCUGCCCUGCAUCUUCGUGCCCCGCGCCAACGCCUCGGCCUUCAUGGUGCCCGCGUCCAUGCCGCUCGCCGAAAUGGCCUCGUACGACGUGACGCGCGACAUCCUGCGCCGCGUCAAAAUUAUCGAGGACCACCUCGGACUCGCCGUUUCUGGACGGGUCGACGACGCCGAGGCGCGAUCCAUCCUCACCCCGACCACGCAGGAUGCGCCCGUGUUGCCGGACAGUGCGGGCGAUGCGCAUCAUCGGCAGCACCUGUGGGAUGCGGCGGCAAGUCUUGAGCGGUGCAUGAGCGGGCCGCGCGAUGCGGCGCUCUGGGAUCGGGGCGUUAUUCAAUACCUGUGGCAGACGUUUCACGACAAGAUGCCUGGCUUGCACUUCUUCCCCGGCAAGCAAAUCUUCUCAUCCCCGCAGCCCCUGCUGUUGGCCUCGAUGCUGUACUGCUCCAGCAUCCGCGGCGCCGCCGAGCACGCCGCCCUCGCGCCGAGCUACCUCGCCGUGCUCAGCUGCGCCAUCGCCCAGCUCAGCAUCCCCGGCAGCGAGCUCGCGAUCCCCUUUGACGACGCCGCGUCCUCGGAAGCCAGCGCCUUUCAAGCCGUGCUUGGCCUUGUGCUGGCGAGCCUGCUCAGCGAGGCGCGGGUGCGCGAGACGGGCCUGUGGAUCGCCGUCGCGUACCGCCUGAUCCUCGAGCACUGCCCGCCGCAGACGGACGCGGCUGUCUUUGACUGGCCCGCGCUGCUCAAGGGCGUGCAGAUUGUCGACCUCGAGCACGCGUCGCUGCACCUGACGUGCCCCAUCGUCCCGAUGGAGCCGCCGUGUCCGGCGCUGCAAAUUCCGCAUCACGAUCCGCUGUAUCGGCUCUCGCGCAUGAUGCACACCGGUCUAUCCCGGUUCUCCGGCCGCGGUCUGCCGCCGAUCUGGUCCUGCUUCACAGGAAAUUCAGGCACGGGUGCGCCCUCGCCCAUAGCGUUUACGCCGAUUGAUGCCGCCGUCAUCCGCGACUGGGCGCGGAGCCUCGAUGACUGGCUGGUCGAGUUCGCCAAGACGGGCGACGAGACGGACGAGCAGCGCACGCUCGUGUUCCGGCAGUAUGUGCUGCAUCGGCUGGUGGUGCUCUCCAUCUACCACCCGGCGCGGGGCUGUUCGCUGCAGUCCAACGGCAUCACGCUGCACGAGCAGCACGAGCUGCUUGUCUCUGCGCGAGCGACGCUGAAGCUGCAUCUCAACGACAAGUCGAUAUGGUCCAACUGGGACCUCGUCAUGAUUACAUGGGCCGCGCUCAUUGUCAUGCAUGGGAUAGAGGCGGGCGCCGGUGAGCAAGACGAUUUUCAAAACAUCCGGAUUCACAUGGAUGUAUUACGCGAUACGAACGAGCCGAAGCCGUCGUUGCGCGAAAGACUGGCGGCGCGGCUGGAGCAAGAGCUCGAUUCUCUGCACACACCGAGCCCAUCGACCGUCCCGAUGGACAUGGCGCAGGGCCUGGACUACUCGUGGCAGUUGUUUGAUCAGGCGAUCAUGGAACAGGUCAUGGAUCCCUUCUGGAUGCGGCCGAAUGGGAGCCACCCAGGAAUGCCCCAUUAA